CGCAGAUCGCACGCAUGAUCGCACGCAUCGCAAUAGAGACGAAGUGAGAAAAUAGAAAAUAUACAUCACACGAAAUGGCCAGUGUUGAAAAUCCCGAAGAAUCUCUUGACCUUUCAGAUUUACAAAGUUUAAAAGUUGCAGACUUGAAGAAAAAAUUGAAGGCAUUUGGACUUCCUGUAACAGGCAAUAAAACAGAGCUUAUUGAGCGCCUGCAGGAUGCUUGUUUAGCAGGAAAAAUUGACCCUGCUGCCAAAACAGAAGUAUUUGAACCAUUUGAUAAUGUUCAUAUAAGCUAUGAUGAAAAUCAAGUUUUAAGUUCUGAAGAAAAUUCUGAAUUAGAUCAUGCAUUGUAUGAUGAGUUAGCUACAUAUGAAACUUCAACAAAAGACGUGUCAGCAAAGGUGAAAGAUAAUUCUGUAGGACUUGCAAGUACAAAUUCUGUCUCACUCUCCAAACCAUUGAAAAAGCGAAUAAUUGUGCAAAAUCCAAAUGCGGAUGCAGCUGCUGAGAAAGCCAGUGCAGGGAAAAAACUUCAUUUAAAUCGAACUCACAUUUCAUAUGCCGAUUUAUAUCCAGAAAGUGAACCUGUAGAAAAAGUAGAACCUAAAAUUGAAACUGAAGUAUCUCCUAAAACAAGUACUAAAGUUAUGUCUCAAGCAGAAAAACUGGCAAUGAGAGCGAAAAGAUUUAAUAUCACAAAUUCUGGAACUACUUCUACAAAAUUCACAAAAGUUAAUUCUGCAAAGCCUCUUUCUUUAUCAAAUGCAGCAACUGCCCCUGAUGUGGACACUUUGAAAAAGAGGGCAGAGAGGUUUGGCCAAAAUGUGUCGACUGUUUUAAAACAGAUUGAAGAAAAAGAAAAGCUUUUAAAACGCAAACUAAAAUUUGGAGCCAAUGUCUCGUCAACUUCUAGUUUAGAUGAUAAAACAAAGAAAAUGAAACGUGCAGAAAGAUUUGGAUUGUCCUGAAGAUACUCCUUUUCUGUUGUUACAUCAUGAACUUGUAAUUACAUAAGAUGACUGUAGCAACAUUUGAAUUUUAAGACUUGUAAUAUAGAUUUUCUCCCUUCUAUACAAAAUCCUGCUUUCAUGAACUUCUUACAUCCUUCAUCAAAUAUGUUGUAACAGGAGAAAGUUUUUCUGUUAUCAGUAUUAAAUUAAAUAAAAUAUUUCAAAAUGCUUGCUAAUUUUUGAUGAAAAUAAAUCAGAUUUGCUAUCUGUUAUUUAAUUUUA